CAAUUACGAUCCCCAAAUUUACCUCUAUUCGGAGAUCAAAAUGAUGGUAUUGACAUGGAAAAUUUAUGGGCACAAACCGAAAAAAGUCAUGCUAUUAUAAAUGCUCAAAUUCCGGGGCAAGAUUUUUCGUCACUAAAAUUUGAAUUUAUUCUCACUGACCCACUUCCAAAUGAUAUUAAUACUUAUUACGCGUCAAAUGAACUCGAUUCAGUGUUUCGAGACAAUUUUAGAGGACAAAGUAGCGUUAGAAAUACUUCUGAACAAAAUGUGUUUGUCGAGCUACACAAUGGCACACUGGAUUUUAGUGGAGAGAAUUCCGUGUUGGAGAUGUUAGAGGGUGUUAAUGGAAUGCAUAUUAGUGAAACAGGUUCUCCUGACAAUGGUUCUUGUAAUUCCCUCGGGAAUUUUAGCACCAUUCCCCAAAGAGCUCGUAGAUCUAGACGGGAAAGCAACCGUCGCUAUUAUCUAAGACAUCAAAGAAGAAGGAUGAGACGAUUAGCCCUUCAACGACAUUAG